CUGGACAGUAGAUUUGCCGGAUUGUGACACUGCUAGUUCAUUAAUUAAACAGAUCCUCCAAGAUGAAAUUGUGCACGGUUAUCUUUGGCCUGUUGGCGGCGUGUGCGGUCUCCUACGCGGUGGAGCAUGGUCCCCUGAUGGCUGCCCUCCAGCCGAGAGUGGUGCCUGAGGAGCGCCAGAUCAUGCUGGUGGAACAACCCGGCCCUGGUCGCCAGAAGAGAAGUCUGCUUUUGGCUGGCGCGCUCGGUGCGGGCGCUCUCGGCGCUGGUAUCCUCGGUGCUGGAGUGCUUGGUGCCGGUGCCCUUGGUGCUGGUAUCAUCGGAGCUAAGGCCGGUCUGGUCGGAGGUGCCUUGGCGGCUAAGGCCUUCAGCGGCAGGAGCUACGGCGGCGGCUACGGCGGGUACUACGGCGGCGGCGGCUACUACGGCGGCGGUGGCUACUACGCUCCCGUCUACAGGAGCUACCCGACUUACGUUGUUGAAGACGACUGGUGCUAAACGAAACAACCUAGAUAUAAUAUUGUUGAUAAUUUAUGUAAUUUGUUGUGUGAAAGAGCGACUUCUGCCAGAGAUGUAUGAAAUGAAUAAAAUAAAAAACUUAUA